GCUGAGGAGUAUGAAGAAAAAGUAGGCUGCAAGAUGGUUCACGUGAAAGCAAUGGAAAGCAGGGAAAACCUUCUUGAUUGAGUUUAUUUAGCCUAUUACAACUGUAAUGUAUGACAUCAUGCAUUUGUUUGCCUUGAUAGUCUGUCGUGUUAUUUCAAAUAGGUGUUUAAACUUUAUUCAACCUUGACAAGAGGGUGACAGUGGAUCUUGCAAAUGUCCUGGGCUGUCACCCAGGCUUGUGGAAUAUUUUUGCAAUUCAGCUGGGUAGCAAUAACAUCUGUGUUAAUAAAUGAGUUUAUAAAACUGUCCAUUUUACAAGGGACCAAUGUGAUAUAGCAUCAACUUUGUGUGUCAUGAUGAUUCCGUACAAAUGCAAUGCACAGACCCCGAACCCUUGAUGCUCUUGAACACAUCCCACGCUAACGGAUGAAAGAAAGUAAAUAAAGCGCGUCCGUGACGUCAGUGUCUUCCCUUCCCGCCUGAAACAGAAACGGAGGUAGAAGAGCUAUCGACUCGUAAGCUUCAUACAUUGCAAUGGAUGACCUUUACUUGGAUAAUAUUGAUGAAUUUGUCAACGACCAGAAUAAAAUCGUGACCUACAAAUGGCUGAGUCUCACCCUUGGGGUCCAUGUCAACCUAGCCAAACAAAUGCUCUACCAUUACUUGGAUCAAAAGAGGAAAGAAGGCUCUGCUCGGCUCCAUGCUACCUACCUUGUGUCUGGCAAGUUUGUUGAGAAUGGUACUACGAGUCACAAGGUGUCAGUAGUGCGAGAGGAUCAGCUGGAGGAUGCGAAGUCAAAGAUGAGCCUGACGGUCAGCGUACAUGUGUACAGUGUUCAGAAGGCUGUGCUGAAAGACAGUGGUCCUCUGUACAGUGCUGAUUAUGACGCUGUGAAAGAGAAUCUAAGAAAUUGCAGCAGGUACAGUGCAAUUCGUUGUGCUGAUGCGGUGCCUAGGUCCUCGGCAGAGGUGCAGCAGGCCUGUGAGACGACACAGGCCCCACCACCAGAGACGGAGCAAAUCAAAGCAAACCAUUCUAAUCUGGCCUCUAAACCCACCUCUAAGCAACCCAAAGGCAUUAUGGGAAUGUUUGCAAACAAGAAUGUCUCCAAGAAUCAAGAUUCAAGCAAAGAGAUUAAAUUGGAGCAGAAAGAGGUUACACCUGUGGUUGAGACCUCCAAAACUAAACCUGCUCCGAAAACAAAUCCUGUGACUAACUUCUUUGCGAAACAAGCAGCCAAAAAACCUGACAAAUCCAUCAAGGAAGAGGUAGAAAUAGCCCAGACAUCAUCCUCAGUGGAUGAGAAGCCCACAAGUCCACCUCCUAAAGCAGAGACUCCUGUCAAGGAGGAAUUGGCAAAGGAUGCUGUGGUUGAGAAGGAUACAAGUAAGACCAAGCGUCUUGAACAUUCUGAUAGUGAAGAGGAGAAGAACGAGAGUCGGAGGAAGAAGAGACGGAGGAUAAAGAAGCCCGAGCCAGACAGUAGUGACGAUGAGGUUAUUCCAGACUCUCCUCCACAGUUGCAAGAAAAGAGGGACCCAUCACCAAGUCCUGAGAUUCAAGUAAAGAAAGAACCAGUUGCUGUUUCACAUUCAGAUGAGCUUUCAGAUUGUAAACGAAGGAAGAGGAGACGUGUCUUGAAAUCGCGCACAUUUGUGGAUGACGAAGGAUGCAUUGUGACCGAGAAAGACUAUGAGAGUGAAUCCUACUCCGAGACUGAGGAUGACUUUAAGUUCAGUCAACCAACUCCGAAGAAUCCAAACCCACCAAAACCAUCAACUGGCAAAAAAGAGGAGGAGAAGAAAAGUAAGAAAGCUGCUGCAGCCUCUAAUAAAUCUACUAAGCAGGCUUCUAUUAUGGGAUUCUUCCAGAAGAAAUGACAGACCUACUCAUGUUGUUGCACUGAACACUGAUAAGGAGCUUGAGGCCCAAGUGAAGAGAAUCUAGACGGACACAUUUUCAAACACUCCAGAGGAUGGAUGGAUGGCUGUUCUAUCAUUUGGCAACAUUUGGUAGAAUGCUCUACAUUUUUUUUAAAUCACACUUUUCAAUCAAUUUCUACAUUACUGUAUAUGAUUGAAUAAAUAUAUCCAGUUGCAUUGUAAAGUACCAUCAGAGCUCAUUUAUCAUGGCAGCAUUUAUAUUUGGUUUUUACGUUUAGUUUACAAUUCUGUAAGUAUUGAAGGGUUCAUGGUGUGGUGAACCACUACAAAACAAACAUGUCUAUGGUGCUAUUUUUUUGCUGGUAGAAUAUGUUCUUCAAUGUUUGAACGUGUAUGUUCAUUAAAUCUAUUUUCAUAUAUUGUGUUCUGUACAAUAUGUUAAAGCCAAGUUGAACCGUGUUAAAUAUUCACAGUAUAUGAACAAUCACGUAACUGGUUUGUGUAGAAAAUACAGGUGUGGCAUUUCAGCUG